AAAACUAAUAACAUGAAUAAGUUUUUAGCAGUUUUCUGUUUAGUGACUUUGGCUGGCUCUGUGUUAGCUAAGGAAUAUUGUAACAAAAACCUUUGCCAUAAUGGUAACAAACAUAUUGCCUGUGAUAAUGAUGGAAAAUUCCAUUCCACUUGUCCUGAUGAUGCGGAAAAACGUGAAAUGACCGAAUCGCUGAAAAAGUUGAUAGUCGAAGCACACAAUGAGAAACGUAAUAUUGUUGCUGGUGGUGAUGUUAAACAUCUUAAGCCUGCCUGUCGUAUGGCCACCAUGGAAUGGGAUGAUGAAUUGGCUUCUUUGGCUGAAUAUAAUGUUUUACAAUGUAAAAUGAAUCACGAUAAAUGUCACAAUACUGAAGACUUUAAAUAUUCAGGACAAAAUCUUGGUGAAAUGGGUUUUAGAGGCAAUGCUAAUGAUACUGCUAACAUACAAAAAUCUAUUGAAAUGUGGUUUGAAGAGAAAAAGGAUGUCAAACAAUCGAUUAUAGAUAAAUAUCCUAAGGGUUAUAAGGGACCAAAAAUUGGUCACUUCACUGUUAUGAUGGCUGAUCGUAAUAUACGUGUGGGUUGUGCUGCUGCUACUUACUCUGUGUCGGGCAAAGAUUAUAAAAAUUAUUUGUUUGCUUGCAAUUAUGCUGCCACCAAUAUGAUUGGUUUCGCCAUCUAUAAAAGCUGCGAUAAGUCGGCUGAUGAUUGUAAAUCUGGCACUAAUCCAAACUAUGAAAAUUUGUGUUCCUCAUCGGAAUCUUAUAAUGUUAAUAAAUAUCCUUAG